CUUUCGGUGACUACUAUCGUGACCGAGGGACUUCAUGCUAUCGUUAUGGGUUCAUGGACGGCGAGGCUUAGAUGAGAUGUUUCCAGGGUUUAGAUAUAAGGGUUGAGAGGGUGACCAUGAAGUUGAAUCAUUCAUUUUUGGAUUGCAUUACUAGCAAAACCACACCAGAACCAGCCGAUGAACAGAGUCAACCAGUUGCGAGAACAUAUACUCAACGCCUCACUUACACACUCAAACAUGGCCCAAGAACCCAGAAUCCACGAGAUCUUUGAGUCGGUGACAGGAACCUGGCAGUACAUCGUUGCCGACCCCUCAACCAAAGCCGCUGUAAUCAUCGACUCUGUCUUGGAUUUCGAUCCAGCAAAGAACGCCAUCUCUACACAAACAGCCGACGGCCUUCUUGAUGUGGUAAAGAAGAACGGCUACAAAGUUGUCAAUAUACUAGAGACGCACGUCCACGCCGACCACUUGACGGCAUCCAAAUAUCUGCAGUCUCGGUUGCGGGAGGCUCAGGAUGGCGCGGCCCCCGAUAUCUGCAUUGGCAGGCGGAUUGGAGUCGUACAAGAGAGGUUCGCUGAAAAGUAUGGCAUCUCCAAAGACGAGUACGCCAAUGCCUUCGACCGGCUACUCGACGACGACGAGGUUUUCGAGAUUGGAGAGCUCAAGGCCAAGGCUAUCCAUCUGCCGGGUCAUACGCCUGACCACAUGGGUUACAUGAUCGGAGCAAACGUCUUUGCGGGCGACUCCCUCUUCAACCACGACGUCGGGUCCGCACGGUGCGACUUCCCCGGCGGCGACGCCCGCGACCUCUUCGCGUCGGCGCGCCGACUGCUGGACCUCCCAGAGACCACCAAGAUCUGGACGGGCCACGACUACCCACCAGCCCACCGCGGGCCCCUGGCGGCGACGGAGGUCGCGAGGCAAAAGACGGAGAACAAGCACCUCGCGCAGAACGUGACGGAGGAGGACUUUGUCAAGUGGCGCGAGGAGAGGGAUUCGGGGCUCGGCGAGCCCAGGCUCUUGCACUGGGCGCUGCAGGUUAAUGUGAGGGCUGGAAAUAUGCCGAGUCCGACUAAGGCUGGGGAUCGGUUGUUGCAUGUGCCUGUUAAGAUGCAGGGUGUGACUUGGUGAAAGGGAAUUUCAUGCUGUGUAGUGUGAGCGUGGAAAAGAGCUUAGUUGACUCCCGUGUAUAAGAGAUGAGGGAUGCGGAAGCGUCUUCUGUAUAAUUAGUUACCUCUGGCCACGAACAUGAAACAAAUCCAGGGAAUCCUUCUUCGACAGCCAGCAUUUCACUUUCGCAUGCCCACGUGAAGUUGUCACGA